CGUUCCUUGCUUUCUGCCUUCUUUCUUCCCCCGAUCUUCUUUUCCGUUCUUGCUGCCUGGCAUUGGGAGGGGCGAGUCAGCCCAACACGAGGCUGCGAUGGAACGGGAAUGGAACAGCCCAGCCAGCGACGAUCCUUGCCCAUGGAUGCCAAGACGGUUGGACCCUGUAGCCUUGCCCGCAAGAGGUGAGCUCGGAAUGGCACGCGACAUCAUCCAUCUUGGAACUCGUACAUCAAUUGCUUUGGACCUCCUUUCGCCUCGACGUCGGUCUGGUUUGCGAAGCGCAACCCCCAUGCCCCGAACUGUGCUUUAUUUAAGGCAGUUCGACGGCCGUGACUGAUCACCAUGGCACCUCCAAGGUCCAACUCGAGCGGAGGAGGCCCCAGCGGCGGAAUUCUGGCGUCUUUCUCGAGAUUCUGGCAGAGAACCUAUGCCUCCGACUAUAUCGGCUUCGUGCUGCUGUUGGUGUGCUACCUCCUGAUCCAAUUCUUCGUCGAGCCCUUCCACCGCAUGUUCUCCCUCAACGACCUGCGCAUCUCUUUCCCCCACGCCGAGGUCGAACGCGUGCCCCUCCUCCACGACUUCAUCUACGCCCUCUUCAUCCCGCUCGGCCUCGUCACAGCCACCAACCUCAUCACCCGCGCCCCGCGCCACAAACACCACGUCACCAUCCUCGGCCUCGCCAUAUCCCUCAUCCUCGCCUCCCUGCUAACCGACAUCAUCAAGAACGCCGUCGGCCGCCCGCGGCCCGAUCUCCUCGCGCGCUGCCUGCCCGCGCCGGGCACGCCGCGCGACCAGCUCGUCACCGUCGCCGCCUGCACCCAGACCGGCCACCACAAGCUGCACGACGGCUGGCGCUCCUUCCCCUCGGGCCACUCGUCGUUCGCCUUUGCGGGGCUGGGCUACCUGGCGCUGUUUUUGGCGGGCCAGAUGCGCAUCUUUGCGCACGCGGGGGCCGGGAACCUGGGGGAGCACGCGCAGAAGGUGGUGCGGGGGGAUUUGGUGCGGGCGCUGGUCUGUGGUGCGCCGCUGCUGGGCGCGACUAUGAUUGCGAUCAGUCGGUGCCAGGACUAUCGGCAUGAUGUGUAUGAUGUGGGCGUGGGUGGGUUGUUGGGGUAUACGGUGGGGUAUUGGAGCUAUAGGCGGUACUGGCCGCGGCUGGGCAGUGGGCGCUGUGAGGAGCCGUAUGCGGGACCGCCUGAGGCGGGUGAGGAUGGGGUUGGUGGUGGGAGGGGUGGAUAUGGGAGGUUGGGGGAUGAGGAGGAGGGGCUGGCGCGUGGGAGGAAUGUAGGUAUUGAGUUGGGGGCGUUGAGAAUGUGA